UUAGAACCAAUUGAUCGUGAUAAUAUUUGAGCAAUGUUAUCGAUCAACGAUCCAAGUCCAAGUGAUAGUAAACUUAUUGACUGGUUUGCCUUAUUUAUGUUGUUGGAAGACCUCGAUUCAUGGUUCAUUUCGAUUCUCUUCAACUGCAACCAAGCAUGCCGUGGAAAAUCCAUCUCGGGUCUGGGCUCAAAAGAAUUUCGUUAAACGGACAUCAAUUCUGGCCUUAUCAUAUACGCACGGUCUCCAUUUUUCAAUUCCUUUCCCUUUAUCCACAUUUUCCAUUCCCAAACAUUUUUACCCCACCUUCACAAGCACUAAAUUGAAAGCGAAAGAAUUAGAAGAUAUACCUUGACUCACAUAUAUUACACGUAUGUAUGCUGGGAGAAGAAUAAUUUGAGGAUUUGAUUGUUAAUUGUAAUUGUUUUUUGUUUUUGAAGUAACUGUUGUUACUAUUAAAAAAAUGUUUCUCCAAAAAAAAAUGCCAAACUAAUUUACUAAAUGUAAAGACGAAUUGAAUGUGACUUAGCUGUGUCGGAGUAAGAUCGAAUUUUGAUUUUUCAAAAAUUUGUUAUAAUUUGGAGAUUCGAUUCCUGUCAAAGCAUUUGCGUUCUUUCUGUCAUUGGUUUUGAUGAAAAGUGUUAAAUAUUCGGUUUACAUUCCGUCAGAAAACCACUUUCGCAAAUUGAAUCGGAUAUUCCUUUCCUUCUGUACUCCCUUUUUUUUUCCUGAAGGGUUUUUUUGGUUACAGAGAGGUUGGUAUACUUACGGUUGAGGUUUUCCAGGGUUCUCGAGGCUGAUCAGACUUCGGAGGCGUGAAUUUUCCAACAGAAAUAGGAUUGAUCGCGAAUUUCUGGAACUUGAAGGAUCCAAUUGGAAUUUCCGAGCUUUCCAGGAUGAACUGCUCUCUGUAGAUGACAGAAUUAGUGGGAGAUGGAUUUGAUCCUCCUAGGAAUUGAGCUCAUGAAUCACCUAGCAAUCCGAGAACAGUGAUUGGUGUAAAGUAGCUGUUUUAAGGGCAUGGAAGAGGACUGCUCAUUUGAUUAGAUUUUAUAGCCGGUGGAGAAAGGACAUUUUAGGGAUUAAGGUGAUAAUAAGUUAUGAGUUUCGAUAUUUUCACGCUGUUUGUUUGAGUUGGGAAUGACUUGUGCCAUAAAUUUUGACCACAUGGCAGAGGAGGUGAGAGUGAUGACCAUCAAGUAUCAUCGGCUAAAUAGACCAAACACAAAAGCAUCUAUCAAAGAAAUCUUUUCCUUUCUCCAAAACCUUGUGGAUUAACUUAUUUCUCUCGAAGCUUGGCUUCAACAGCUCUGAAUUCCACAAGUCUGUAUCCGGAUCUAAUCCAACGCUCAUUUAAUUUCUACAAAAAUUGCAACUUGAAUUGGGGUUGAGUUUGACAAGUUCUUAUUUCGAAUCUGCUAUUGUAUUUUGGAGACAAGAAUUGGUGUAUUUGGCUCGAGGCUGGAAUUAAAGUUUCGAUUUUCGUGUGCGCUCAGAAGCGAGGACCUGAUUUGGCUUCUGGGCUAGUGGACAGGAGUUCACAGGGUGUAGCGAAGCUGUAAAUUCAAUGCAGCGUCAUGGUGCAUGGACAGAAAUAUUGUUGCCUGUCCGUUUGCAUACUGGAUCACCCCUACCGUGUGGAAACAGUCCAAGCACUCUGUUUUCGUGACUGUUAUUACUUUUCUUGUACUGGGAUAGUGUACAAUGUCUCGCUGCUUUCCAUUUCCCCCACUAGGAUAUGAAAGAGAGCAUAGGCCUGAAGACUUGGAUGCAUGGAAAGAGGAAAAUCAUAAAGAGAAGAAGCAAAAAAAGGAGAAGAAGGACAAGGAAAGAAGAGAAGGUAAGGGGAAAAGGGGAAAAGAAAGAAGUGAUAAAAAACACGGGGAAAAGAAAGAUCAAAAAGAAAAACACAAGGACAAGAAGGAAAAACACAGGGUCAAGAAGAAGGAGAAGAACAGGGAAAAAGACAAAGAGAAGAACAGCAUCUCUGAUGAGUCAAAUGUUGCUGAGAAGCUUGAGGAAAGUAGUGAGGAUAUGCUUCAUUCGAAAGGACACAGCAAAGUUAAAAGCAGUUUCACAGAUGAGGCGAAACAUGCUACACUUUUUCUGGAUCAAAAUGGAGGGAAGCUUAUUCAAAGUAGCCUUCUUCUUCAGGGAACUGAGAUGUCAAAAUUUGUGCAGGAGCUGGACAGGAGAAUCAGAGAUGAUGAGAAGGGCGCAGAGAGCCAGUUGAUAAGCAGAAUAUCUGGUUUGGGCAAAAUUGAUCAAAAGGAAGCUGCAAGAGCUGGUACCAAGGGUUCUUCAGAAGUAUUGGCGGAUGACAAGGGAAAGAACAAGGAUCAGAGAGUUAACAGUAGAAAAAUUGACAUGCAAAGAUUCAGGGAAGAGUUUAGUGCAAAGACUAUGGUCCAGAACAAUGCUGGAACGGCCAAAAGUAAAAUUGAAGCAAUGCCCAGACCAAUGGAGGAACACAAGGAUAGCAAUGCAAGUACAUGUCUAUUGAUGGACAUUAGCAGAAAUACUGUCGACGAGGGAAAUAUCAGGAGAAUAAAAGAUGUGAGUACCAAUGGUUUUCUUCAUGAGACCGAAGUCAGGCCAAAUAAAUUGCAGAGGCUCACUCCUCACCAGUUGACAGAGAAUGAAAGAAAAUUGAAGCUUGCCAAAAUCCCAAUGUAUCUGCUUCAUAUAAAAAGUUGUCUCCUUUUAAUAUUCACUUGGAUAAUGAGGAUCGGAGGGUGACUGGUACUUCCGAAGCCGGGAAACUGUAUCCAUCUAAACCUAAGCCUUCAAUUGCUACUAUGACUAUUAAUCAAGUUGCUGAAACAUCAAAAAAAUCUGUCCAUCCAGAUUCCAAGUUUCCGAAUGAAAUCCUUGGGAUACCCAAGAUGGAGAAUCUAAUUGCUGAAGCUUCAAGGAGGCCUUCCAUCCAGAUUCCAAGUAUUUUAGUGAGAUUCUCAGAGUACC